UUGUGAUUGUGAGCAAGUUCUUGAUGCUUCCCAGAUCCCAAAUGGCCAUACAACUCACGCUUCUACUCAUUUCGUGUAGCCUUUACAGUAUGUAUUCCUCUUCUUCUUUCUCCACGUCCUCCUCUCUUGCAUUGCUGGUGCUGGUUAUCUCCACCUGCCUCUCCUUGCUCUUCUCAAACCUCAGACAACUGGUGAGAACCAGCAGCCACAAAGCUUCCAUGGAGGUGGUUGCUCAUCAGGAGAAGAGCACUGUGCCACAAGAUGAGGUGUCCGAGGAUGCGCUGGAGGAUUCGGCUGGAAGCCUGUCGGGGUCUUCAGAUUGCCAGGUCAGCGAAGAGGGGACUGAUGAAGUCUCGGUGUCUGAUGACGACGACGAUGAGAGUCUUAUUGAGAUCUCCCUUGUUGAUGGGUACUAUGUGGGGCAAGAGGAGCAAUGUCUCUGGAAGAAGGAGCAAGACCUCCUCGCCGACUUCCUGCCGGAGUUCGCUCUUGACAGGAGGGACUUCAUAGACAUCUUGUCGGAGAUCAGUGAGGAGGAAAACAUGAUUGAGAUUGACAUUGCAAGGGGCUCCAUCAAGUGCGCAAACUUCAGCAUCAAAGCAUGAGCUUUGCAGAGGUUUGGUCUAUGAAUUGCUCCGGAGCUUUCGUCAGGGCAAGGGAGUAGUAGUAGGUUGUACUACUGGAAUACAUGUGGUUUAUUGCCUUGCCUUUUUUUCACAAAGAGCUCAGUUUUCAUUAGUGAUUCUUCAGUGGAAGCCUUGCUGCAUCUCUUUUCUUGUGCUUUCUGAAUGUUACUAGAGAAGGAAUAAAGCGCGUGCACAUAUUUGGC